AUGUUGGAAAGCAUAGACAAAAAUCGGGCCCUGCAGGCAGCAGAGCGCUUGCAAGCUAAGUUACGAGAGCGUGGGGAUGCGGCCAAUGAAGACAAACUGAGCCUUCUGAAAUCAGUCCUGCAGAGCCCGCUCUUCAGUCAGAUUCUGAACCUUCAGACUUCAGUACAGCAGCUGAAAGACCAGGUAAACACUGCAACUUUGACAACUUCAAAUGUUGAAUUUGUCCAUAUUCCUCAUCUCAGUCCAACCAUAAUUCCUACUCUACAAAGUGAACCAUUUUUAUUAUCCCCAAAUAAUGGGAGUCUGGAAACACUUGCAGGAUCUAAUACUCAACACAUCAAUGGGAAACCUGUUUGUGACGAAUUUGAUCAACUGAUUAAAAAUAUGGCCCAGGGUCGCCAUGUAGAAAUUUUUGAGCUCCUCAAACCAGCAUGUGGAGGCCUUGGGUUUAGUGUUGUGGGAUUAAGGAGUGAAAACAGGGGAGAACUGGGAAUAUUUGUACAAGAGAUUCAAGAAGGCAGUGUUGCUCACAGAGAUGGGAGGUUGAAGGAAACCGAUCAAAUCCUUGCUAUCAAUGGACAGGCACUUGAUCAGACAAUCACACAUCAACAGGCUAUCAGCAUCCUGCAGAAAGCCAAAGACUCUGUCCAGCUAGUCAUUGCCAGAGGCUCAUUGCCCCAGCUGGUCAGCCCCAUAGUUUCCCGCUCUCCGUCUGCCGCCAGCACAGUCUCGGCUCACUCUAAUCCGGUUCACUGGCAGCAUGUGGAAACUAUUGAAUUGGUGAAUGAUGGAUCUGGUCUGGGAUUUGGCAUCAUAGGAGGAAAAGCAACUGGUGUGAUAGUGAAAACCAUUCUACCUGGAGGAGUAGCUGAUCAGCAUGGGCGAUUGUGCAGUGGAGACCACAUUCUAAAGAUUGGUGACACAGAGCUAGUAGGAAUGAGCAGUGAGCAAGUGGCACAAGUCCUUCGGCAAUGUGGAAAUAGAGUUAAGUUGAUGAUUGCUAGGGGUGCCAUAGAAGAACCUGCAGCACCCACCUCUCUGGGUAUAACCCUCUCCUCAUCCUCUGCUUCUACACCGGAGAUGCGGGUUGAUGCUUCUACACAGAAAAAUGAAGAAAGUGAGACAUUUGAUGUAGAACUUACUAAAAAUGUCCAAGGAUUAGGGAUUACGAUUGCUGGUUUCAUUGGAGAUAAAAAAUCAGAACCUUCAGGAAUCUUUGUAAAGAGCAUUACAAAGAGCAGUGCUGUUGAGCAUGAUGGAAGAAUCCAAAUUGGAGACCAAAUUAUUGCAGUAGAUGGCACAAACCUUCAGGGUUUCACCAAUCAGCAAGCAGUAGAGGUGCUGCGGCACACAGGGCAGACUGUGCACCUGACACUGAUGAGGAGAGGGACGAAGCAGGAAGCUGAGCUCUCAUCGAGGGAGGAUGUCACGAAAGAUGCGGAUUUGUCCCCUGCUAAUGCCAGCAUAAGCAAAGAAAAUUUUGAAAAAGAUGAAGAUUCUUUGAGGAGAAACACCAGUAUAUUACCAAUUGAAGAAGAAGGGUAUCCAUUACUGUCAGCUGAGAUAGAAGAAAUAGAAGAUGUACAGCAACAGGAAGCUGCCCUGCUGGCAAAGUGGCAAAGGAUUAUGGGAAUUAACUAUGAAAUAGUGGUGGCCCAUGUGAACAAGUUUAGCGAGAACAGUGGGCUGGGGAUAAGUCUGGAAGCAACAGUGGGACAUCAUUUCAUCCGCUCUGUUCUACCAGAAGGUCCUGUUGGACAUAGUGGGAAACUUUUCAGUGGAGAUGAGCUGUUGGAAGUGAAUGGCAUAAUGUUGCUUGGAGAAAAUCAUCAAGAUGUGGUGAAUAUUUUAAAAGAACUGCCUAUAGAGGUAACCAUGGUGUGCUGUCGUCGAACGGUACCACCCACCACCCAGUCAGAACUGGAUAGCCUGGACUUAUGUGAUAUUGAGCUAACUGAAAAGCCUCACGUAGAUCUAGGUGAGUUCAUCGGGUCUUCGGAGACAGAGGAUCCAGUGCUGGCGAUGACUGAUGUGGGUCAGAAUACAGAGGAGGUGCAAGCACCCUUGGCCAUGUGGGAGGCUGGAAUUCAGCACAUAGAGCUGGAGAAAGGGAGCAAAGGACUUGGUUUUAGCAUUUUAGAUUAUCAGGAUCCAAUUGAUCCAUCAAGCACUGUGAUUGUAAUUCGUUCUUUGGUGCCUGGUGGCAUUGCUGAAAAAGAUGGACGACUUCUCCCUGGAGAUCGACUCAUGUUUGUCAAUGAUGUGAACUUGGAAAACAGCAGUCUUGAAGAAGCUGUAGAAGCACUGAAGGGGGCACCAUCAGGAAGUGUGAGAAUAGGUGUUGCCAAGCCCUUAUGCCUACCUCUUUCACCAGAAGAAGGUUAUGUUUCUGCUAAGGAGGAUUCCUUUCUUCACCCACCACACUCCUGUAAGGAGGAAGGGAUGGCUGACAAGGCCCUCUUCAGGGCUGACUUGGCUCUGGUGGACACAAAUGAUGCUGACCUAGUAGAUGAAUCCACUUUUGAGUCUCAAUACUCUCCUGAUAAUGACAGUGUCUACUCUGCUCAAGCCUCUGUUUUAUCUCUUCAUGGCAGUGCUAGUUGUGAUGGCCUGAACUAUGGUCCCUCCCUUCCAUCCUCUCUUCCCAAGGAUGUUACUGAAAGUGCUUCUGAUCCAGUACUUGAUCUGCAUAUGUCCUUAGAGGAACUAUACACCCAAAAUUACCUACAAAGACAAGAGGAAAAUUCACCCACAGUAGACUUGAACAUGGGGCCUGCUUCUGGCUUUACCAUAAAUGAUUUUACACCUGAAAAUACUACUGAACAACCAUAUGAGUGUGAAAACACAAUUGUGUGGACUGAAUCUCAGUUACCAAGUGAAGUUACAUCAAAUGCAGAACUUACUUCUCCCGAGCGACCCGAUUCAACCGGAAAGGGCUCUGAGUACUUAAUGGAACAGAGCUCCUUGACCUCUAAUGCUGAGUGUGUCAUGCUCCCAAAUAUACCCAAAGGAUCAUUUGAGAAGACUAUUACUAUAGCAAAAGGCAAUUCUAGCCUCGGAAUGACAGUAAGUGCUAAUAAAGAUGGGUUGGGCAUGAUCGUUCGGAGCAUUAUUCAUGGUGGUGCAAUUAGUCGAGAUGGCCGGAUUGCUGUUGGAGACUGCAUCUUAUCCAUUAAUGAGGAAUCUACCAUCAGUUUAACCAAUGCUCAAGCACGAGCCAUGUUAAGAAGACACUCUCUCAUUGGGCCUGACAUAAAAAUUACUUAUGUGCCCACAGAACAUUUGGGAGAGUUCAGAAUCAGCUUGGAACAACAAUCUGGAGGAAUAAUGGCACUGGAUAUUUUUUCUUCUUACACUGGCAGAGACAUGCCAGAACUACCAGAGCGAGAAGAAGGAGAGGGGGAAGAAAGUGAACUUCAAAAUGCAGCAUACAGCAGUUGGAAUCAACCCAGGAGGGUUGAACUUUGGAGAGAACCAAGCAAAUCCUUGGGCAUCAGCAUUGUUGGUGGACGAGGGAUGGGGAGUCGCCUAAGCAACGGUGAAGUGAUGAGGGGAAUUUUCAUCAAACAUGUUCUUGAAGAUAGUCCAGCUGGCAAAAAUGGAACCUUGAAACCUGGAGAUAGGAUAGUAGAGGUGGAUGGAAUGGACCUCAGAGAUGCAAGCCACGAACAAGCUGUGGAAGCCAUUCGGAAAGCAGGCAACCCUGUAGUCUUUAUGGUACAGAGCAUUAUAAACAGACCAAGGAAAUCCCCUUUGCCUUCCCUGCCGCACAACCUUUACCCUAAGCACAACUUCAGCAGCACUAACCCAUUUGCUGACUCUCUACUGUUCAACGCUGACAAGGCGCCCAGUCAGUCAGAGUCAGAGCCAGAGAAGACGACAUUGUGCAACGUGUUGCCACACCCUACGUUAGCAUUUGAAGAAACGGGCAGUGAUCACGCACAGUCUUCCGCAAGCAAAAUCACAGAUGACCUGGACAAAGAAGAUGAGUUUGGUUACAGCUGGAAAAGCAUCAGAGAGCGUUAUGGAACCCUAACAGGCGAGCUACAUAUGAUUGAACUAGAGAAAGGUCGUAGUGGUCUGGGUCUAAGCCUUGCUGGGAACAAAGACCGAUCCAGGAUGAGUGUCUUUAUAGUGGGGAUUGAUCCAAAUGGAGCCGCUGGGAGAGAUGGUCGAUUGCAGAUUGCUGAUGAGCUUCUAGAGAUCAAUGGCCAAAUAUUAUAUGGAAGAAGUCAUCAGAAUGCCUCUUCAAUCAUUAAAUGUGCCCCUUCAAAAGUAAAAAUCAUUUUUAUCAGAAAUAAAGAUGCAGUGAGUCAGAUGGCUGUCUGUCCUGGAAAUACAAUAGAACCUUUGCCUUCUACCUCAGAGAAUCUGCACAAGGAGGCAGAACCAAAUGUUACCACGUCUGGUGCAGCUGUAGACCUCAGUUCGUUUAAAAACGUGCAACAUCUGGAGCUUCCCAAGGAUCAAGGGGGUUUGGGCAUUGCUAUCAGUGAAGAAGAUACACUUAGUGGAGUCAUCAUAAAGAGUCUAACUGAGCACGGGGUAGCAGCUAAGGAUGGACGACUCAAAGUUGGAGAUCAGAUAUUGGCCAUAGAUGAUGAAGUUGUUGUUGGUUAUCCUGUCGAAAAGUUUAUUAGCCUUCUGAAGACAGCAAAGACGACAGUGAAGCUUACCAUUCGUGCUGAGAAUCCAGAUUCCCAGGCUGUCCCUUCAGCAGCUGGUGCAGUGAAUGGAGAAAAAAAGAGCAGUUCCCAGUCUGCAGUUUUCCCACAGUCUAGCUCCCCAGAACCGGAGUCUAUUCGAAAUACCAGCAGGUCAUCAACGCCAGCCAUCUUUGCUUCUGAUCCUGCAACCUGCCCCGUCAUCCCUGGCUGUGAGACAACAAUUGAGAUUUCCAAAGGGCGAACUGGGCUGGGCCUGAGCAUUGUUGGGGGGUCCGACACCCUGCUGGGUGCCAUUAUUAUCCAUGAAGUCUAUGAGGAAGGAGCAGCAUGUAAAGAUGGAAGACUCUGGGCUGGGGAUCAGAUUUUAGAGGUGAAUGGAAUUGACUUGAGAAAGGCCACACAUGAUGAGGCAAUCAAUGUCCUAAGACAGACGCCACAGCGCGUGCGCCUGACGCUCUACAGGGAUGAGACCCCUUAUAAAGAGGAGGAUGUGUGUGACACCCUCACUGUUGAGCUGCAGAAGAAGCCAGGAAAAGGCCUGGGAUUAAGUAUUGUUGGCAAAAGAAAUGAUACUGGAGUAUUUGUGUCAGACAUUGUCAAAGGCGGAAUUGCAGAUACUGAUGGAAGGCUGAUGCAGGGAGACCAGAUAUUAAUGGUGAACGGAGAAGAUGUCCGUAAUGCCACCCAGGAAGCUGUUGCUGCUUUGCUAAAGUGUUCCCUAGGCACGGUAACCUUGGAAGUUGGAAGAAUCAAAGCUGGUCCAUUCCAUUCAGAGAGGAGACCUUCUCAAAGCAGCCAGGUGAGCGAAGGCAGCCUGUCGUCUUUCACGUUCCCACUCUCUGGAUCCACUACAUCUGAGUCACUGGAAAGUAGUUCAAAGAAGAAUGCACUGGCAUCUGAAAUACAAGGAUUAAGAACAGUUGAAAUAAAAAAGGGACCUACUGACUCAUUGGGAAUCAGCAUUGCUGGAGGAGUGGGCAGCCCACUUGGUGACGUCCCUAUAUUCAUUGCAAUGAUGCAUCCAAAUGGUGUUGCAGCUCAGACCCAGAAACUCAGAGUCGGGGAUAGGAUUGUCACUAUCUGUGGCACAUCCACCGAGGGCAUGACUCACACCCAAGCAGUUAACUUAUUGAAAAAUGCCUCUGGCUCCAUUGAAAUGCAGGUGGUUGCUGGAGGAGAUGUGAGUGUGGUCACAGAGCAGGAACCGGCCGGUUCUGGUCUUUCCUUUACUGGACUGACAUCAAGCAGUAUAUUUCAGGAUGAUUUAGGACCUCCUCAGUGUAAGUCGAUUACACUAGACCGAGGACCAGAUGGCUUAGGCUUCAGUAUAGUAGGAGGAUAUGGCAGCCCUCAUGGAGACCUACCCAUUUACGUUAAAACAGUGUUUGCAAAGGGAGCAGCCUCAGAAGAUGGGCGUCUCAAAAGGGGCGAUCAGAUCAUUGCUGUCAACGGGCAGAGUCUAGAAGGGGUAACCCAUGAAGAAGCCGUCGCCAUUUUGAAACGGACAAAAGGCACUGUCACUUUGAUGGUUCUCUCCUGAACUGGCUGCCCGAGUUGAGCCGAGCAACCCCUGGCUUACCUGCCACCAUAAAGAGCAUAAAACUAAUCCUGUGGAUGACUUUUCGUGUGCUUUGUUCAUCAGGGUACUCAGAAUUCUCGAGGAAAAAUAACACUGAAACUCGUUUUUCCAUAUGGGAGUGAUCUUCGUUUUGACAGCUGCCUUUCACUUCUCUUUUCCCAUUGCCCUUUGUGCACCGAAACGCAAAGAGAAAAGUGAUAGUUACAUAGAUAAAGCCUUUUCUUUGUGAAGGUAUCUAAUGUUUCAUAGUCACCUUGACAAAAAAUUAAUAUGUGCUAAGUUGGUAAGUAGACAAAGAAAAAUAAUUCUAAAGCUAACCAAAGAGAAAUGGCUUCAGUCAGUUGGAAUGAAAAAUGAAAAUCCAAGAUAAAGAAGAAAAUCCCAGGUUGUUUAUAAUAAUGCCUCAAUUUGGCAAUCCAUCUCCUCACUCCUCCUCAUACUAAAAAGGAGAAAUAAAACAACUUUUUUCCUAUUAACAAUCUUAAAGAGGACUCUCCAUGAUAACGAAUCUCAAUAUCAUAAAAAAUGGAAUCUUCCCACCUCUGGUAUAUGCAUAUAUUUUUCCUGCUAAAAUUGGCUUCUGUGACUGAAUAAAUGGCAAAUAUAUGAAGCAACACCUUUAAAGUUUUGUAAAGGAAUUAUAGUUAAUGCACAUUUUGAUGUUCCUUUUCAUUUUUUGACCUGUUAUAAAAUAGUUUCAUGUUGCUCCAAGUAAAACAGUGAUGCUACCCCA